AUGGGGACCUCUUCUGGCGCGAAUUUCCACCAGCAACCUCCUCCUACCCAGGGGAUGUUGCCUCCAAGGCAUGGUCCGCGCCCCUCAGGGUUGCAGACCUCGCUCUCGCUGGCCUCUUCGGAGCAGGUUGGCUCGCCUGACGUGCAGGAGCCUGGUUCAAACUCAGACCCAGGACAUGACUCCGCCACUGAGAGCGCCAGUUCCAAGGACACAUGGCCUGCUGAGCCGAACCAGAGCAACGGUGGGGUAGCUGCCAGUGGUGUCGUGAGUAAGGCGGCAGAGAAAGAGAAGGAGGUGGCGAAUGGUGUAUCCAAGCUGCAGAUUAUCCGCGGACCCUCCUCCCGUGUGGGUGGGAUGCUUCUGCGGGAGGUUGCACGGGAGAGGGUUGAUCUGGUCGCAGAGAAGAUGAAGGUGAUGCCGGAGGAGCACCUGGAGGAGGUCAAGAAUGAGCUCAGGUCGAUUCUGGAGGGCACUGGAGGUUCUCACCACAUCGAGGAGUUCUUGUACUUGCAAAAGCUUGUGCAGGACAGGGAUGAUUUGGCACCAUCCAUGCUUUCAGUGGCGCACCAUGUUCAGCUUGAGAUCCUUGUUGCAAUCAAGACUGGGAUACAGGCUUUUCUGCACCCCAGCGUUACCAUUCCACACAAUCGCUUGGUGGAGGUCUUCUUGUACAAGAGGUGCCGGAACAUUGCUUGCCAGAGUGCUCUCCCUGCUGAGGAGUGCAGAUGCAAUGUGUGUGCUAGCAGGAAUGGCUUUUGCAACCUGUGCAUGUGUGUGAUCUGCAACAAGUUUGAUUUUGAGGUCAAUACAUGCCGUUGGAUUGGUUGUGAUUUCUGCUCUCACUGGACACAUACAGAUUGUGCAAUUCACAAUGGCCAGAUAGGAAUGGGACAAUCAGUGAAAAGCAGCAUUGGUCAUGCUGAAAUGCUUUUUAGGUGCCGGGCUUGCCAGAGAACCUCAGAGCUUCUUGGUUGGGUUAAGGAUGUCUUCCAACAAUGUGCUCCUGGUUGGGAUAGGGAUGCUUUGUUACGUGAGCUUGAGUUUGUUUGUAAGAUAUUCCGUUUAAGUGAGGAUGCAAAAGGGAGAGUGUUGUUUAGGAAAUGUCUAGAUCUGAUUGAAAGGCUGAGGAAUGCUCCAGCUGAUUCCAUCAAUCCUAGGGUGAUACUACAAGCACUCCAAGAGCUUGAGAUGGACUCCCCCAAGAUCUCCGAAAAUGAAGAUGUUGGGCAUCUGAUCACACCACAGGAAGCCUGCAACCGCAUAGCAGAGGUAGUCCAAGAGGCUGUGAGAAAGAUGGAGCUCGUCGCUGAAGAAAAGAUGCGACUUUACAAGAAGGCCUGUCUUGCCGUGGAGGCCUGCGACCGAGAGCUGGAGGAGAAGGUUAGGGAAGCCCAGGAGCUGAAGGCGGAGCGUCUGCGUAAGAAGCAGCAGGUGGAGGAGCUGGAGAGCAUCGUGCGGCUGAAGCAGGCGGAAGCGGAGAUGUUCCAGCUGAAGGCGAAUGAGGCCCGGCAGGAGGCGGAGCGGCUGCAGAGCAUUGCGCUCACCAAGUCCAAGACAGCCGAGCAGGACUAUGCCAGCAUGUACCUGAAGCGGCGCCUGGAGGAGGCGGAGGCAGAGAAGCAGUUCCUUUUCGAGAAGAUCAAGCUGCAGGAGAACCAGAGGCCAGCCGUGGUUGUGGGCAGCAGCAGCGGCGCUGGAGGGGACUCUGCCCAGACGAUGAUGCUAUCCAAGAUUCAGGACCUGCUCAAGAACGUCCGCAGCAUGCCAGCAAAGUCGGAGGGUCACUAG